UUUUUUAUUAAAUUUUUUUAUUAUUCACAGGGCUGUUAUUGUUUUCAUUAGUUUUUGUAAUUUAAAUAUUUUGCUGUUUUGUGUAUGCAUCUACUUGAUUGUGCUGGUUUUUGGAUAUGUUUGUUCAGAAGUAUCUUUGAAGACGGUUUGGACUUUUUUUGCAUUUGUCUUUAGGCUUUGUGUGUGUGUGUGUGUGUGUGUGUGUGUGUGUGUGUGUGUGUGUGUGUGUGUGUGUGUGUGUGUGUGUGUGUGUGUGUGUGUGUGUGUGUGUGUGUGAAUUAUGAAAUGGCCUUGCAGGGUAAAGCUAAGAGCAAAGACGGGUGUGGUACCUCCAUAACUGAAUAAUUUCCAAGAGAAACUCCACCAAGACUUCCUAAGAUUCCAGCUGCUUAUUGUCUGGCUAAAAUAAUUGGGACAAUGGGUGUGAGCUGAGGACAACAGGAGAAAAGUUGAGAAUGAGAGCAAGCACGAGAGCAGAGAGACAAAUAAGACACAACAAAAUGUUAGCAUUUUAAGUUUGUUUACUGAGAGUGAGACACUGAAAAAAAACAUCAGAGUAAAGACAAGGACAACUGAAUGCACAGGUGCAGAUUUUCAGUAAUUCAACUGGAUUACAGUCACCCUCACUUGCACAUGUGUGUUACUUCUGAAGAACUGAUUAGAAUGAUGCAAUCAUUUCCCACUAUGUUGCAUUUGUGUAUGUAAGUUCUCCUGUCCCAGUUUAAAAUGGUAAAGGGAUAGUUCAUCCUAAAAGACAAUUAUUUCAUCAUUUCAUCUUUUAUUCCAUGGAACACAGAAGGAAAUGUUUGGCAGCAUGUUAGUCUCAUUCACCUUUCACUUUUUUUGCAUCUUUUAUCCACACAAUGAAAGUGAUUAAUUGUGUAAUAGUCUGUAUUGUAGCACUGUCAGUCUCAUUUUUAUGGUUUGUUUUUGUUGUAGCAUUCACCCAAUCACCCAGACAUACACCCAAUAAUUCUGUCCUUAUUUACUCACCCUUUUGCCAUCUAUUGUAGAUAUUGUUAUGCAGAUAAGUCAAUGGGGUCCAGCCCUUUCAAGCACAAGAAUGUGUAAUCGAGCUUCAAAUCAUAAUCACACCAAGGAGACUGCAUAUCACAGUUUCUGGGACUCUGAGUUUUGCAAAAAGAGGAAGUGUUCGGUUUCUUGGGAGACAGUUAAUGAAACUUCACAACAGAAACCAAAACAGUUGGAUUGUAAGUUCUCCCCAAGAGACAGGGUCCAGGCCAUCCCAAUUACUCGCACCCCUUCCCAGCUUGAAUGCAGUCAGUCCAACGGAGCACUGUGCUUCAUCAAUCCCCUUUUUCUGCAGACACACCAAUUUAACACAUCAUCCAACAAGCCAGACACAUUAGCAUCCCCAGACAACGAGGGCACAACUCAGCCCCACCACAGUGCCCAGAACAGCACAGAUUGCCCACAGAACAGGGAUAGUCAUGCAAGCAGUACACCAAACAGCUCCAAAACCAGUGUGAGUAGAUCCAAGAGUGAAUCUCGCUCCCCGCCACCUCGGCCUCCACCUCCCUGCUUCGCCUCCAGCAGAUCACCCUCCCUUCGCAAGCAGAAGAGCAUGCCUGAGACAGUCUGCUGGAUCAAAACACCUCAGGACAAGAGUAGCUUCCUGGGGAGGUUGGGUUCUUCCUUCAGUUCCUUAUCUCCCUCAUCCUCCCCACCUAAAAGGUUCAUCAAACCAAUUUUAGUGCCCUCAUUCCGCAAUAAGAAUUCCUCCAGCCUGCUCGAUGCUGAUGGACUCCGUUGCCAAAUGGCCCUGGACGACCAGACCAUUGAGGAUGCCGUAUCUUGGAGCCUGGCCAAGCGGUCGAUGAGCAACUCCAAUGAUCUGGAAAACAGCAACCACGCAGAUGAGCACAGCUCCACCAGACGAGAGCGUUUGAGUGACAUCAGCAUCUCUACUUCAUCCUCAGACUCUCUAGACUUAACUCAAAGCUUCUCUCUGCCCACGGAGGCCAGUCCAUCCAGAACCAACCGUCCUGCUGGCGACAGCAGCCUGGAGGAGGAAGAAGAGGAAGAGGAUGAUGGAAUCAACUUGGAGAGCGACCAGGAGGUGUCAUCACCCCUCAACUCUAAAAAACAGAGCAACGCCAGCACAUUUGUGCUGCCCCGCACACUGAGAGGACAUUUGCGCAAGAUGAGCAGCGUUCUUAACUCUUUGAUUACGCCCGAGAGGAGAGCAAUUUGGAAGAUUGUGGAGCAGUCCAGGGAUAAAGGAACUUACUUUGGCUGCCUAGUGCAAGACUAUGUAAGCUUCUUGCAGGAGAACCGCAGCUGCCACACGUCAGGCUUGGACCUUCUGCAGACUCUCAGGCAGUUCAUGACUCAGAUGAAGUCCUACCUGCUGCAGAGCUCGGAGCUUAACCCCCCCAUUGAGUCCCUCAUCCCUGAGGAUCAGAUUGACCAUGUUAUGGAGAAAGCCAUGCACAAGUGUGUGCUGAAGCCCCUGAAGCCUGUGAUAGAGGCCGCUCUGCAGGACUUCCAGGUGAGCAGCGGGGCGUGGCAGCAGCUAAAGGAGAAUCUGGUAUUGGCCAAAGCCAAGAAGCCCCAAGAGAUGGGUGUGGAUAGAGCCUUGCCCCCUGACUCUGUGGCCAUAGAGAAGAUUCGUCACAAGUUCCACAACAUGUGCAAGAUGUACUCACCUGAGAAGAAAGUCUCUCUGCUUCUAAGUGUGUGCAAGCUUAUCUACACCAUCAUGGAGAGCAACUCAGGGAGGAUGUAUGGGGCAGAUGAUUUCCUGCCCAUGUUGACAUUUGUGAUGGCCCAGUGUGACAUGCCUCGGCUGGAUGCAGAAAUUCAGUAUAUGAUGGAGCUACUUGAUCCUUCACUGCUUCAUGGAGAAGGAGGCUAUUACCUGACCAGUGCAUAUGGAGCAAUGUCUCUUAUCAAAAACUUCCAGGAGGAUCAGGCAGCUCGUGUACUGAGCUCUGAGACUCGGAACACACUGCACCAGUGGCACCGCAGACGCACCACCCAGCGUACCACACCAUCUGUGGAUGACUUUCAGAACUACUUGCGGGUGGCACUGCAAGAUGCAAACAAUGGCUGUACAGCCAAAACCCUUCAGGUGCAACCUUACGCCACAACAGAAGAUGUGUGUCAGAUAUGCGCAAACAAGUGUAAAGUUUUGGACCCGGAAAACUACGCCCUGUUCCUCUUGACAGACGAAACGACUCAGCAGCUGGCCCCAGACACUUACCCACAGAAGAUUAAGGCCGAACUGCACAGCCGCCCACAACCGCAAAUGUUUUACUUUGUGUACCGCCAGAUCCAAAACCUCACAGUCUCUUUGGACCAGCUCAAUGGCAACUCUGUGCCCAAUUGAGAUAGCAAGCCAAACUCUGAACGCAUCAUCAUUCAUCUCCUUCAGUAGAAACACUGAUAACGUCUGCAUUGAUUUGAAAAUGUGCAUUUGUUGGAGGGAAGCGGAAAAUGUGUUUUGAAGGAAAUAAGGAAGGAAGGAUGUGUCUGACAGAUGCAGCACUUUUUUCUGCUCUGUCUUCACUAUUUUCACAAGAGGGUAGCUGUACCCAAAUUGCAAAUGCUACAAUUGAUAAAUGAAUGCAACACAUUCAGAUUACCAGAAGAUUUGCAAUGUUGCCUUGUCUCUUGUGUUUCUGUAAAGCUUUCAUGCACAAUUCACAUGAUUCCAGGUGGUUUAUUUACACUCCGAGGAUUGUGCCCUACAUACUGUACUCCUGAUUUUCCUAAGCAAUGGUGGUAUUGUUCAUAUGACUGCUAUCCUAUGCAGAGCGCAGCACAUUAUUAACUAAUUAUUAACAUUAUUGCACAAAGUGAUGAACUCUAGGAAGUUCCUCCAUUUUACAUUUGUCUAGAGCAAUUGAGUAAUGUGGACAUCUCAGUCCCCAAGGACUUUGAGGACAUCCUUAUAUCAACUGAGACUCAUUUUCUAAAGUAAACCUUAUCCAUUAUAUUUUGCAGUUGCUGGUAAACUGCCUUCUUUUUAUAUGUGAUUUAUUGUUAUAGUUUUGCAUGUAUCUAUUUUAUGAUAAGACCAAUUAAUGAACCAGGCAUUGUUGCCAGUGAUGUUUUAUCCUACUGCUUUUGUAUGAAUUAUGAUCACUCAGUGCUUACAGUCAUAAGUCAAACCAAGUCUUGUUAAAAACAUUGAGAGCAUUGGGGAAAAGUGGUGAGGCUUUGUUCUAAAAUACUGUACUACUGACAAGCUAGAUUCAGUUUGGGGCUUGUGGUGACCUGGCUCUCUGAUGUACAGAUUUUUUUUUUCUGGCUUGCAGGUUUUUAAUACAGAAAAAAGGGGUUUGGCAUUCAGGGCAAAAGGAAAGAUCAGUGUGAUGUAAGAGAGAAGAAAACAGAAUGACAUGGAAAUAAGAAAAGAAAAAAAUGGGAGGUUAAGAGUCAUUAGUAGAAAAUACCAAUGGACAGAAAAGAUUUUUAAAUGUCACUGUAAAGUGCUAUCAGGGAAUACCGGGAAGGAUGAGACACAUAGAUGAGAAUACUCAUCUUUUACCUUCAUAACUGUACUCAUAACCUACCAAGUAUUUUAUUUUCUACUAAUGUACUUUAGCAUGUUUUGAUUUAAACUCUGGGCAUUUUUUUUAUUUAGUUAUAUGACACGGGGUGCUGAAAUGCUCUAACCCAUGUAACGUUGAUAUAGAAACACUAGUCUCACACACAGCUACAGGUUUCAAGUCUUGAAUUAUAUUUUAAAGUUAUUUUACCAAGAUAUUUUAAGUCUGGUAAGCGUAUACAUAUUUAUAUGCUAUCUGUGCGGGAAUUUUUCACAGAUCUGAAAGUUUUGUGUAUUCAUUAUGGAGUCUACUAGACUCCACAUUCCUUAGUUCUUCCUUUUUUUUGUCUUUUUUAAUGUACUCUGUUGUACACAAUAAAUUGAUGUCA